AUGGUUUAUUAUUUUACAUGUAAAGUGGUUGAUCCUCCGGCGUUGAUAUAUAUGGGCAAGAAUAUGGAGGAAAACGAAGAUUUGAUUAAACAUGGGUGGGAAGAAGAUGUAUGGUAUGACUAUCAUUUGUUCCAUGUUCAUCCACAUUCAAGUGCCCACGUGUAUCUUCGACUGCAAUCCGGACAAUCUUGGGAAAAUAUUCCACAAAAACUUUUAGAAGAUUUAGGUCAAUUGACUAAAGAUAACAGUAUCAAGGGGUGUAAGGAGAAUAACGUUACAAUAUUAUACACCCCAUGGUCAAAUCUGUUAAAGACUAAUGAUAUGGCCACCGGUGAAGUUUCUUUUCGUGAUCAAAAUAAGGUAAAAAAAAUGCAAGUUAAAACAAAAAAUAAUAAAAUCAUAAAUCGUCUUGAGAAAACCAGAAUAGAGAAAUUUCCGGAUCUUGAGAAAGAGAAAUUAGGAGCGGAAAAAGAAAGACGAAGGAUAGCAAGAGAAACGGCGAUUGCAAAGGAACAAGAGGAGCUUCGUUUAGAACAGGAUAGGAAAAAUAAGGAAGCGCAAAAAUCUUAUGAUUCACUCUUUGAUGAAUCGAAUAUGCGCAGUAAUUACGAUAGUAAUAUCGAUCUGGAAGAUGAUUUCAUCACAAUAGUCAUGACUGAAAUGGUAGAAGAGUUGUUUAAGCCUCAAGAGGAGGAAUGGUUGUGUAAUUCGAACGCAGCAGUUUCUAUUUGGUUUGUUGAACCUUCAACUGACCCUGACCAGAAAUUUGAUUCUGUUCAAGUUUCCCCCACUUUUACAUAUUCAAUCUUUGGACAUAAAGAACAAAUUUACGGAUAUAAGAAUUUAGAAAUUGUGCUCAAAUUUGCUUCUGGAAGUCUUGCCACUUACUUCGAUGUUCAGUUUACCGAAAAAAUUCCGGAUGUUUCUUCAAAAUCUAUAGCGGAUAAUGUUAUAGAUAAGAUGAAGGAAUUUAUACCUAAUGAUUACAUCACAAAUUAUGAUACUUUUCUAAAAACUGUUGACGACGAUGCUUACCGCUUCAAACCAAUGGGUGAAAAGAUAACGGAAUAUCGUCUUGAACAGGAUGAAGAUGAAGAUAAAGUUUAUGAAAUUUACAAGACGACGUUUGAAACACCUCGAUUCAAGGAAUAUCACAGACGAUUUCAGAUAAUGGUAUUAUUCUAUAUCGAAGCUGCAACAUAUAUAGAUGAAGAUGAGAAAUGGGAAACUAUGCUUUUAUUUGAAAAGAAGCGUAUAGGAGACAAACACAUAUAUGGAUUUGUGGGGUUUUGUACGAUGUACAAUUAUUACUUUUAUAAUCGUGAAAAGAAUAUUAGUACAGAGAACAACAUUAACGAUAAAGUACCAAACUCUAUAUGCGUCAAUGAAGGUAAAAUUCUUCCUGAAGACAUACGAUUAAGGAUUAGUCAAUUCUUGAUUUUUCCCCAUUUUCAAGGGAAGGGUCAUGGAAGUAAACUCUAUCAGACUAUAUACCAAUAUGUUUUAUCAAACUCGAGAAUAAAAGAACUUGCCGUCGAAAUCCCAAAUGAAUCUUUUGAAGCAAUCCGAGAUAAGAAUGAUUUGCGAUAUUUACGUGAACAUAAAGUUUUUGAAGGACUAGUAGCUCCCGUCGAUAAAAAGGCCAUCGAAUCGAUACGGCGAAAUUACAAGUUAAAUAAACGACAAUUGCUUCGAUGUUUGGAAAUUGAAUUAUUGAGAAAAUUAAACAAGAUGGAUGCUGCCGCUUAUAAAGCAUAUCGAUUACAAGUGAAGGAAAGGUUAUAUAAUUGGAAUAAAGAAAUAUUAAAAGAUGUUGAUAGAGCUGAACGUAUAGGAAAAUUGGAGGAAACAUUUAAAGGUCUUAUAGAAGAAUAUCACGAGAUUAUAUUGAAAUAUAAUUGA